GCGCGGCGGGCGGCGCGGGGCGCGCGGCGCAGGGAGCGCGAAGAUGGCGGCGCCCGUGCUGCUGCGGGUGUCGGUGCCGCGCUGGGAGCGGGUGGCCCGCUCCGCCAUCUGCGCCGCCGGCAUCCUGCUGUCCCUGUACGCCUGCCACCUGGAGCGCGAGAAGGGCCGCGACCUCCACUACCAGGCCCUGUGCGACCUCAGCGAGCGGGUGCGCUGCUCCGCCGCCAUCACCUCCAGAUGGGGUCGAGGAUUUGGUCUGUUGGGUUCCAUCUUUGGAAAGGACAGUGCAAUAAAUCAGUCAAACAGUGUUUUUGGACUCGUGUUUUAUAUACUACAAAUGCUACUUGGUAUGACAGCAAGCGCAGUAGCAGCUCUAAUCCUCAUGACAUCCUCCAUAGUGUCUGUCGUAGGGUCCUUGUACCUGGCGUACAUUCUGUACUUUGUGCUGAAGGAAUUCUGCAUUGUCUGCGUCAUCACAUACUUGCUGAACUUCAUUCUCUUUAUCAUCAACUACAAACGACUAGUUUAUUUGAACGAGGCCUGGAAACGGCAACUCCAACCCAAGCAGGAGUGAGGCCUGUUUGAACUGCUGACUGACAGUCUGAAGACCCAACUUCCAUUAAGUUUAUUUUGCAGUAAUUUUUUAUUCUCCAUAUCAGACACUUUCCCUGAGAAUCAUAACUGAAUUUUUAAUUAUAAAUUUGAAGGGGCCCUAGAUAAUUUUUUUUUUUGCUAAUCCUCAACGUAAACGUGGUUAUGAAAGAAAGCUCUAAUGCAGUCAAAGACAAGCUUUAACUUUACUUUGAAGGAGUUUUAGCCACAGCAAAGCCUAGACUCUCUCUCUUCCCCCUCCACUCGUGAAGUGGGUAACACUUGCUAUAAAAUACCCUGUAUAUAAAUUCAGGUAUAACAAGAUGUGAUCAUGACAUUAAAUAUUCUAGACUAGCAUUACCAUAUUUAAUGUUGCCAUGUUUACAGUACAUGUAUUACCUUCUUUUUUUAGCCGACGGACUUAGAUUUGACUAGGACUCAUACUGUAAAUAAAAUUAGAACUCUUGGUUUCCUCCCUGGACACCUCCCUGUACAAUCCAUUGUGUUCACCUCGGAGCUGUCGGUGUUCCGCUGGAGCCGACUGACGGGAUGGAAGAGGUGACCUCUACAGAGAAAACCGUGCUGCGGCACUCGCUGCCAGUGCUUUCACAAGAAUGAUGGUUGGUUUGGGUUACUUUUUCUUUUUUUUUGUCUCCGGUAAUGAAAAUGGGAUUAAAGCUGAAACCUGAAGUGUAUUAAUUAAACCACAACUUCGUGAAUUUCUGGACAGAAUGCAAAUAACUUAUAGGGAUGAAUAGAACCGGGAUGUUAUGCAGAUUGGGGGCUGGGCUAUCAGAGAGUGUUCUUUGAAGGACUGAAUUUCCAUGCAGAGCGGUUUCACCUGCAAGCUGUGGUCAGGCAGCCCGUGUUACUGAGGUCGGAUGUUGUGUGAAUGCUGCCAGCCGGCAGUGGGAACCACUGCCCGAGUGGGCUAAUCACGGAGCGCGCUGGAGGAGCAGUUGUACUUAACUGAUCUUCGUCAGGAUCUUUGGUUUGCGCUAUAUUGGGAAAUGAACUUUAGGCCUGACACGCAUGAGAUGCCUUGGAAGGGCAACCUGUUUAGUGGGCUGAGUAAGUCAAUGCACUCCUGAGAAUGCAAUGUGAUAUAGUGCUAUCAUUGCUCUUUCUAAUAACUAAUUGGAAACAAUUAAACUGCAGAUUUAAACAAAGGAACAAAAUCGUAAACGUCAUUUCUGCGCUCAGUAUUCUAAGGCUGAAUGUUAAAAGUGCCUUCUGUCUUAAAAUCUUAAACCAAAUACCUUGUGUUGAACUUGGCAGGCAGAAGUGUCCUUGCUUUAAAAACGAACACACAAACAAACAAAACUCCCAGUGAACUUGCUGAGGAGAGAAGAGUAUUAAGAGAUCUCUUUUAGUUUUUAGACUGAGAAGUGGUAGCAGUAUUGUUCCAGUUAAAUCGGUGCGAUAGAAGAUUGGUGACGUGAUUCGGAAAAGUAAAACACUUGUGUUUCAGACUCUGUGACACCAAAAUGUAUCGGUUCAGCUACUUUCUGUAAUUGGUGCUGUGCUGCUUUUUGCCCUUGUCAGCUUCUAAAUAUGAAGAAUUCCAACUGCGUACCCAUUUAUUUAAAUAAUCAGUUUAACUAAUUGUAGGAUUUUUGUCUUAAACAUGAAUGUCAGACAGGUCUGUUGUCUGGCUAAGUGGGUUAUAAACACUAUGUUGCUGAGGAUAAACUUGACUGUGAAACAUGCAGUGUUCUGUAAAGAAAAUAGAAUUUUUAGAUUGAAUUCACACAAUAGUAUUUAAAUUACUACUGAAGUAACUUUCUGGUUUGUAUCGAGGAUAUAGGUGGAAACUGCUUUAUGUAUAGAGUUCUGUGGUAUGAGUAACAUCUGUUGCAUGUAACACUAAAUUACUUGUCCCUCUCGUCUACCAGUUUUAGACAACAAUUCAUUAAAUGCGUUUUGUAUUGACCAGAGUACAGUUAAAGCUUGUCUUGAUGUUUAGUUCUGUCUCUCAAAUGCCUUGAACUUUGAUAGGAGGGGAGUGAAUGAUGUCAAACUGGUCCCUCGAGGCUUUGCUUUGUUCUCUGACAAGCCUUGCGGUGAUAUCGCUGUUAAUUAUGUUGUAUAGAUUGAUUUUUGGUGCGUUCCUGUGAUCUACACUAAGGCAUCUUUUUCAUCUGAGGAAGAGGUGAACGCGUGCUGCCCAAAACAGUUGCAGCGCGAAUACCUUGGAGCGAGCAGCAGUGGAGACCAGUAUCAUCAGAGAUGACUUGGUCUGAUUUCUGGGUGCAUACAUACCAGAAAAAGGAAGAGAAGCCCCAUCAGCUGCAAGUGUAGGUGUUGGCCAACUUCGCUGUGUCUUGUUCUUGUCUGUGUGGGCAUAGUCUGUUAAUCCCGUUUGUUCAGUCCAAUUGUUCCGGGCCGGAUUCUCCGCAGCCAUGUCUGCAGUCCUUGUCUGUGUGCACACAGGGAUCAAAUGGAAACCCAUUUUGGUCUCUGGAAGAACUUGCAGCUAUACUUUGUGCACAAACUUGCAAAUCUGAUCCUUAAUUGUGAACUCUCGUGUCUUGUGUGCUUUUCUUGCAGUUACUUUUUACUGGAAGUGAUUUGCUAGAAAUGGCCCUCACUCUUCUACAUCCUCUCUUGUGCUUCAGAAAUGCAGUUGGCCUGAAUAAAGAGCAAAAUGGUAUUAGCAGGAGAAAUCUGGACCUUUUUGCUUCCAAUUCUUUGACUCCUCGUUGCUCCCAAUGAUAGAAACGGCACAUUUCUUCCAGUAAAGUGGCUCAGGUGACAAUUAAUGUGAUGGAAUCUGAUGCGUGUUUCGUGCAGCUUCUCCCCGUGGCUGUCCCAGCCCAAAUAAAUGUGGCAAAUCUGGGGUUGAUUUUAAAUCGAGCCUUACAGAUCUGAAGGCAACUCCUGAAAAACCUUGAUGAGACAAGAGUGUGGGUGGAAAAGGUCAUGAGCAACGCCUGGUCUGGCAGAGGGCCAGCAGGGCAGGAUCGCUGUGGUGUUAAGACUCAUGAGAAGAGGCGGGGGGGAAAUUCAUUAUCUGCAAACAGUGGUUCUGAAUUCAGCUUUUUCCUCUCCCUGACUCGCAGGAGUUCUGCAGGGAGGGGUGGAUCGGAAAGGCGAAAGAACCUCAUCCCCAAACCUGCUUAGGAAUGAAACAUUCCUGAAAUCCUCUUACUGUAAGGUACUUGUGCUCCUCUUAAGGCCAACAAAGUGUUCAAGUCUCCUUUAGGAAAUGAAUGUUCUUGGAAGCUUCUUACUGUAGAAUGUUUGCAGCACUAAGACCGAUGGAACAUUUCCUCCCACCUUUGGUAGCGGGAGUGACAACAGCUCUCUCCAGUGAGAUUUCCACGUGUUAUAGGUGUUUGUCACCUGCUGUAGCCUCUUGGCCGAUGCAGAUGAGUGAGGUGCUUCAGGCAGCACUCGAUGCUCCUGGUUUAUCUGGGCUAAAGUCGGAGAGAUCCCAUAGCCCUGGUUCUGCCAAUGACAUUUAACGGUGAUCUGGACAAAACUGGUUCAGAAAAGAUGAAGUGUUCCGUUACCAUAAAACUGUAUUAAGCAUGGCCUAAAUAUUAGGUGUUUGUUCUGUAGAGUGUGUUCCAUCAGCUAUUUAUUGCUAGUGCUUUAAACUCCAGAUGAAACAUCCGCUGAAAUGGAGUCCCUGGGCACCUGCUCCUUUUGUCAGUGCAGGCUGAGUCUCUCUUGGAGGGUUAGGAUACAAUUUUGCUAACAGGUAAAACACUGUAAAUAUGUAUGAAUUCUAUUUGUUGCACAUAACUUUUUGGUAUAAAAAAUAAAUGUAGAAAUUACCUGUGAAAGUCUUGCUGCAAUCAUUUUAUGCUGCAUUCAUGCAGUCCGAACGCAAGAGCUUGAAUGAACCCAACCAGAGGCCUUUUGGGACUCAGACUUUUGGGUCUGAGCCUUAGAACCUGUUUUUAAAGUCCGUACUGUAAUUCUGUUCCUAGAACCGUAUGAAGCUGUGCUUUUUUUUUUCUCAAGGAUGCUGUGUUAGAAGGGUUGACAUGCCGGGGUCCCCAGAGGAACCAGUUUGUAGAGUUCCUGCAGCUCCAGCGUGUCCAUAGUGUGUGCAGGGGGGUGCAGAGGCCGAGCAGCUUUGGCUCGAGGCUUUGGCUGUUGAGUUCUUUAAGCAACGUGGAAAAGAACCCUUUAAUGAUGUUAUUUUUAGAACUCCCGCUUUCCUCAGGUCUGCAGGCCUGCUUUAACUCCACCACGAGAUCACAAACGAUCUGGUAAACCCUGUAUGUUUGCUGGGAUCUGGGGAUAAGGGGGUGCUUUUUGGGGCAGGGUUGCGUUCACAAUUGCACUGUGAUGUUAGGAACAAGCAGGAGCUCCGGCUCUGCGCUGCUCGCGUUCCUGUGGGUAUUGAAACAGGGAUCCGUUUGAAUUAUAUGACAGAACUUCCUCGUCUGCAUCCACGAGCCCUGGCUCGUAAGGUGGCAGCACUGUCAGAUCUUUGUAUUUUGAGGUGGCAGAGGUGGGUGCGUCGUGUCUGUUGAAAUGGGGAAGAAAGCUAUGGAGAUCAAGAAGUUGAAAUGACUUUCAAAUUCUGUUAGUGGGCUUAAAUAUUGGACUGGCUUUUACACCAGGGCACGUUUCAGCAAGUGGUGUUUUACUGUGGAGAGGCUUAUCUCUUUGGGGCUUUAGUUAUAUAGAAAAUCUAUAAAUUUGACAUGGUGUAACCAUAAGGAACGGUGAUAGAAAAGUGGUUUUGAACAUUUAUGUCCUUAUUCUGCAUGUGGCUGUGUGGAAGGUGGUGCUGGUUUCUAAUGUGACGCAUGUAAAGGAAAGAGAAUUUAGCUACCACACAACAUAAAAGCAGAUCUUUUCUUUAUGUGGGCAGGUGUUUUGGUCAUUUUCUUGAGCAGGAAAGUCAGUUGCAGGAAAAAGUUGUCAUAGCAACAGUUUCAGACAGUAUCCGUCAAUUGGAAUAACGAAACUACGUAAUUGUGCCAACUUCCACCGUUCAGUUGGCAGCCUUCAGCCUUGGUUCUGCCACGGGUGAUGCUGCUCGAGACAACCCUGGGAUGUUGCACUGAGUGUUCUGAGCUCUGUGUGUAUUGACACCAUCUCUUACAGCCUAAAACCUGCCUUUAGAGUCUCCUGAGGCUGGUGAGCAGCCUGAAAGGGGUGUCACUGCACUACAUAUUUGUCACAUAGUGUGUGCGUGUUAAUUUACACACCACCCAACCCCAGGAUGCUUCAGGCCAGCAUCAAAAAGGCAUAAAUCAAAUUUACCCCCUAGACCGUAGUGACAAUUUGAUAUGAAGGAAGCCCUUCCAUGCUGGAAGGUAAAACCACAUCUAAUAGUGGCAGUUUCAGUACUGUGAAUAAAAUAAUGAGUUUAAACAAAGUUCAGUUGCUGUGGGACCCACCCCUCUCCCUUACUGCCCCCUGCAGCUGCGGUACGAGCUCUGGGCUGGGCUGGGCAGCAGUUCCUACACGUCCUGAGCGCUGGGAACUCAGUUUCUCAGCCAGCUGCGUGUUCUGCCCAGCAAGAGAAGCUCUAGAGCUUGUGCUCUUUAGCAAUGCUGCUGUGACCCAAGUAGCGUAACUGUUAGGGGAGUAUAACUGGAAAACCCAAUCUGCAUUGAAUGUGAUGCUCAUUUAGAGCAACUUAGAUUUUUUAAGUCUUCAGCAUUGAUUUGUAUCAUGUGAUAUUUAUAUUUUUUUUCCAUGAACAGAUACCUCAGUCAGGAUACUCAGUUCAGCUCCUU